CCGUUGCUCGGUAGCGGCUUCAACGACGUUUCAGCGGCGCUUCUCGAGCUGCUCCCGGCUUUAGCUACAGCAACUGUCGACGACUGACUCACUCGCUCAGUCACCAAUCAACGUCUACAUGCAGUAAUAUAUUUGCUGUCAUUUAUAUCAACAGCUAUAGAAAUUACACCCGUUUUUAGCCUACUUUCCUUUAGGGAAAGGUCAAGCUUAUAUCACCAUGCUGUGUGUCCCGUUUCACCUUCUUGUUGACAUAUUUACGUAAUUGAAAGUUGGUAUGAAUACGGCCAGUGGUUGCCCUCCGAUUCCAUUCAUUAUGAUUUCCUAAUCAGUAAUAACAUGCUUGACACGCAAAAUUGAGAACAUUGAGAAGCUGGAUUAACACAUGCAACGCUGACGGUUAAGCUCUUCCCGAGCAUAAUGCCGUGAGAGACUCAUAUAAGUCAUAUAAGGCUCCUGCAGUUUAUAUGCUCUUGGCGCUACAGCGUUUAACCUCAAAAGAAAAGUUCUCCAUGACCAUAACAGUUCUUUUUACAUUUAUGCGAAUAAAUCACGGGUCUGGAGUCGUUAAUACCUGAGGUUUCGUUAUGCAUCGCAAGAAACGGUGUCCUGUCCAAUGGAACGAAGCUGGCGUCAGCGUCGGCGUCGUCGCCGUGGGACUUUGCAGUUUGCUGCAGGAAGAGAAUUACGUAAAAUCCAAUGUACCCAGCAGAAUAACAAGAAUGUUUCAGUAAUGCCGUGCUGAAUUGCAGUACAAAAUAUAAUCAUGCAAACAAAGUAGCAAAGACUGGGAUGAUACACAUUCCCCCAGGUGAGACAAGCACUAGGAAUGGAUACAAGAAGUCACCCUUUUCUUUCUUGGCUGGUAUCUUUAAGCGUAAGAGAUUCCAGAGUGACAAAAGUAAUGCAGAAUUCGAAGAUCCUUCUUCUGUUGUAAAGAUGGACAGGUCAUCUGACCAUCACACAUCUGUGCCAACAUACGAGUAUGGGGCUGUUCCAAGGGUUCCUUCCACCCUUUCAGUAACAGCAGUGGACAUCAUGGUGCAGGCACAAUGUUGUCCACCCUCCCCUGCAAUAUCUAACCUUACCCUCACCCCAGGGCGUACACGUGAUAUUGACCAGGACAUGGAAGCUUUGAGACUUUCUCGUCAGGAUAAUCCAUUCCUUAAGGUUUUGGCUAGCAGAGAAAGCCUGGUUGACAGUUUGGAGGAAUCAGAGUCAGAUGAUGCUAAUCUUAUGUCUCAGGAAUUCCCUACAGAUCUUGAUGUGGAUCCACUUACAUUACCAGAAAUCCACGAACACAUGAUCCGCAGUCCUCCACCAACCACGUGGCCCAAGUCGCCAAACUUCAAGGUAUUCCGCUUCCCCAUGCAAUCAAGUGAUGAUGACUCAAGCCAGGAAAGUUUGCAUCGGUGUGACAGAAAAUCACCAUUGAAGGUUGUUUCCCCAAGACAUUCUCGCAUGAAUCUGGACGAGUUGUCUGCAGAGAUAUUGGGCUCUUCAUCUAGUCAGCCUGCUGUUUGUUCUAGACUCAUCUCUCCUCGUCUACAUCCUCGGUCCAGCUGUGACACUAAAGAUCGCAGCUCUAACCCCUUUUCCCUGCUCAACCCAGAUGUACGCCGCAUGCACACAAAUGUUGCUGAUGACAAUGUUCUCUUGGUGUCUUCAAAUAGUGAUGAACAACAGCAACAACGUCGAUUUGAGCUGAAAACUCCCCCACCCAAAUUACAACUGCUGUCUAGCAAGAGAGCUGUAUAAUCGUCCAAUAUUGUUAUAUAAUAAUGAAUAACAAGUCCUGUGAUGCAGGGUGAAGUGAACCAACUUAGUCAUGUUAUCGCCCGUCCAAUUCUGAAACUUUACACAGUCAGGUGGACUUGUUGCAGUGUGUGGGUGAAGAACAGAGCACAUACCUUUCAUUGGAAGAUGUAGGAUUUUACGCUUGAAGAUAUGCUGUUCAGGAGAAAGAUGGGGAAAUGCUGAACAACAUUCUAGUACCCUGUUGCUCUUAUCAAGGAUUCCUUCAAACUAAUUAUUGAUAGGCAAGGCUUUAUUGUCAGAGAGUAAAAUAGGCAAUACAAAUAGCACAGAAGUGUCUUGAACUUUCAAUAGUCCUUGGAUUUAUAAGGAAAAUGUCCAUAAACUGUUCCACUGAAGCAAUUUUUAUUAAAUAAUAGUAUCAGUACUGCUGUUGCCUGAAUUUCAGAACUUUCAGCUGAUUAAAAGUUUAAUUAAUUAAUAAUCUGCCAUUUAUCACUUCAGUGAGUCUUUGACAUAUUAACUGUUUAAUAUACAUAAUUUCUUCAGGUUUAAAAUUGUGGUAAUGACAUUAAAAAAUAUAUACAUGCAGAGAACAUUGAAUGUAUUUAAAACUAAAUUAUAAGUUUAAACAUUUAAUGGCAUAUUGUCGUAUAAUAUAAUUGAUUAACACUAACAGCCUCAUAACUUCAUGGAAUAGAUUCCUUAUAGAGAAAGUAGUAGGCACUCCACUAUUCAAAAAGUUCCCUCCCUUUUAUGGAACUCAAAGGUUUAUUACCCCUAUCCUGACCCAAAUGAAUCCAGUCACUGCGUUCAAGAAAAUAAUGUGUGAAUAAGGAGUCGGUUGCCUAAUUGAGCCACCAAUAGAGCUAUUUCUAAUCUAGAAGUAUUCGUUUGUUUAAGCAUUGUCAUUGUCAUUGACGAUUCCCUCCCCGUUUAUAUUUGAGUCUCGGUUAUACAUUUCUGACUGUUGCUGAACGAAGUUUCAUUCAUGUUCAUUUCAUGAUCAUCUGUUGUUUCCCAGUCCCACACCAUUCUUUUGCAUCUUUUAUCUGUCUGCUGUUGGAGCAUGGGGGAGGAAUUUCUGUCAGAGAAUCUGAACAGAAAAUACCACUUGGGAGUCUGAGGUGCAGAUCAGAGGUAACGUAAAAUUUAUCUUAGAGAAAUAGGGUGUGAGAAUGUGCACUGGAUUCAAGGGGGUAUUUGAGUAUCAUCUGAGUAAGUAUUAGCUUCUCAAGAGCGCUGCUUCAUAGAGUUGGUCAUUCUGUAUCAAUUACUUUUCGAAGAGGUCUAAGUCCUGUGUAUGCUCUGAACUAUAGACUCUUACGAUCUGGUUACUGUUACUGAUAAGGUGGAUUAGUUUGGCCACAUUACUUCACUGCCUUAUCAUCCACAUAGAUUUUUAUUUGUAUCGAAACCCUAAAGUAAGGUGCAUUGUGUUUGGUAAGUGCUCUGUCCUUGCUGUAAUUGUAACUGAUGUAGAUUUUCUGGCCACUUUUCAUUCCACAAUUCACUUCCAUCAGUGUGAACAGAAACUUCAAGCUUCAUGGGGGAGAAAGUUAUUUGAUAUAAAACUGGGAGGAAUAAACAAAAAUCAGUGAUUUUACAGUACAGUUCACCAUAGAUGUGUGUUAGAAGCUAUGCUUUUGAGGCACCAAAAUAUAGAAUAAUGAAAAUGGAAUUCUUGUAUUAUGUAUUCUGCAACUGCAAAUAGUUCUGUUGGCUACUUCCUAUGCUAUGCUGUCUGCUACUCAUAUAUUAGAUUAUUGGUCUUUCCUAAUCCAUAUAACAUAUCAAAUCCAUGGUCAGAAGUCUCUGAUGAUAAAGGUUGUUAUUGUAUUUUAUGUGGGUCUGUUGGCAUACUUGAUCUUCAUUUCGCUUUUAGUUCAAGAUUUCAUAUAUAUGCCCAGGAUUCAGUCUCACUUGUGAGAAAGAUGUCUUGAAUAAAGGUCACAGUGAUUCAUAAAAUAUACACAUUGUGUCUUAUACAAUAGUUUUAUAAAUAGCAUUGAUUUUUGCAAAACCCCACACAAUUGUAAUAAUUAUGCUUAUUAAAUAUGUGCCAUUGAAAGUGUUA